AUGGAUCCUUGGUGGAUGGAUGACGUGCCGGAAGGCUUCAAUGGAAGCGGCGAUGGCGACGAAGACUUGCUGAUCAGAUUUCUCACAAGUCCUGUAGAUGGAACGUCAGUCGUUGAGGAAAGAAUUCUUCAGAAUCACACAACUCUUGCGGAUACAGCAGUGUUUGCUUUGCCCGCAAACUAUGUGGAUCUUCACAUUGUUGGAAGAAAUGAAAAAGAUACUGGGUGUCUUUCACAACUAAAAUCCUUUCUAAUGCGUGAUCCUCGUAAAUGGCGACACGUCAUGAUUGAAUGGGACGGACGGGUGCCUUUACCAAGCACCACGCCUGGGUUCUUAGAUGUCCUUUCCCAGUUGAUGAGAAAUUCCGAAAAAUUGGACAUUAUUGGGUCGCUGGGAGAUGAAGCCGCUUACCGGACUCUAAUGUCAGGUCUAAUGGCGCUAGACGGGACCAGACAGCUCUUGCUACACGAUAUCGGCAGUCUCCGAGAUGAACGAAUUGCCAAGCUCUUGGCCCAUGGCUUGGCUCACUCCCAGACUCUUGAAUCCUUCCGAUUCGAGUCUAUUGAAACCAAACAAGUCGUAGGUGCUGCGUUGAUUGAAGGAUUGAGCAUCAAUGGGUCUUUGAUAUCUCUUGAACUCGAGACAAUAGGAUAUGAAGACGACAAAUUCCUUACUGAUUUAAUCAAUACGGUACAGCAGCACCCCAAAAUUCGUUCGCUAAGUUUGGAAAGCCACGAAAUUCAACAAAAUAUUAUGGACAAAAUGGGAGACUAUCUCAGAGAGGAAGCAUGUCAAUUGAAUGAACUCAAGAUUGUGUACCGGGGUGGAAGAUUACCACCACUGCCGCAGCUCGGCGGUACGAAAACUCAAAAUUCCAGUCUCCAUCGUCUCGACUUGGUUCGGACCAUGAUUCCAAGCCAGUAUCUGGACUCUUUAUGCUCAACUUUCACAGGUUUGUCGGUUCUGGCACUUCCUUUCAAUACGAUUCGGGAUCUUUCACCGCUUAUGGUUGGUUUGUGCCACUUUGCUCCGACACUUCAGGUUCUCGACCUGCGCCAUAAUCAUAUCGAUCAUGAUGGAUUGAAGCAAUUUGCAACCAAGCUGCCGCACAUGAGAAGUCUUCGAAGAUUGUGCCUGACUGGGAAUCCUUUCUUGGACGGCUCGCCAGCUACCGCAAUCUCACUGGAAAUCCUCACCGAAAACGCGAUGAAAAGUCGAAGCUUGGAGUGCCUAGUGUUAUCACCAGAGCAUAACGUCUCGUUCGCUGCUCGACAUGCCAUGAAUAUCAAUCGAGGUGGACGGCGUGGACUGAGUUCGGAGUCGCCCAAUCUUCCGACCAUCGAACUUUGGCCAAAGAUCCUGCAUCGAUCAUUGACGAUCAAGUACUACGACGUUUCUGAUGAUAUUGAAACGCCUCGGAAUGAAAGUCAAAGGUCCGACGUCGUGUUUUAUCUCCUUUGUCACCAUCCCACAAUUUUUGACAGCAACAAGUAA